CCGCCCCGCUCGGCCCCGGCGCGGCCGCCCGGCCGAGGCGCGGGGCGCUGCGGGCCCGUUAGGCGCCGUCCCCCCGCCCGCGGGGAGGGGAGGGCUUUCCGGGGCGGGGAGCCGCCCGGUGCGGCGGAGGGCGCGGGCAGGGCUGCGGCGAUGGCGGCCGCCUGGCCCUGGCUGCUGCUGUGGCUGGGGGCGGCCGCCCUGCGCGCCCGCCCGGCCCCGCCGCGCAUCCGGCUGCCGCUGCGGGGCGGCGCGGCCCUGCCGCCCGCGCCCCGGGAGCGCCGGGCGCCGGGGGAGCCCGAGGCGGCCGGCGGCAGCUUCCUGGAGAUGAUCGACAACCUGCGGGGCAAGUCCGGGCAGGGCUACUACGUGGAGAUGACGGUGGGCAGCCCCCCGCAGAAGCUGAAUAUCCUGGUGGACACGGGGAGCAGUAACUUUGCCGUGGGAGCUGCGCCUCACCCUUUCCUCCGGAGAUACUACCAGCGGCAGCUGUCCAGCACCUACCGCGACCUGCGGAAGGGCGUGUAUGUGCCCUACACCCAGGGCAAGUGGGAAGGGGAACUGGGCACCGACCUUGUCACCAUCCCCCACGGCCCCAACGUCACCGUCAGAGCCAACAUCGCCGCCAUCACCGAGUCGGACAAAUUCUUCAUCAACGGCUCCAACUGGGAAGGGAUCCUGGGGCUGGCGUACGCCGAGAUCGCCCGGCCCGACGACAGCCUGGAGCCUUUCUUUGACUCGCUGGUGAAGCAGACGCGGGUGCCCAACAUCUUCUCCCUCCAGCUCUGCGGCGCAGGCUUCUCGCCCAACGAGACGGAGGCCCUGGCAUCGGUGGGAGGCAGCAUGAUCAUCGGCGGCAUCGACCGCUCGCUCUAUGUGGGUGACAUCUGGUACACACCCAUCCGGAAGGAGUGGUACUACGAGGUCAUCAUCGUCAGGCUGGAGGUCAACGGGCAGGACCUCAACAUGGACUGCAAAGAGUACAACUACGACAAGAGUAUCGUGGACAGCGGGACCACCAACCUCAGGCUGCCCAAGAAGGUGUUCGAGGCAGCGGUGAAGUCCAUUAAAACGGCCUCUUCGACGGAGAAGUUCCCGGACGGCUUCUGGCUGGGGGAGCAGCUGGUUUGCUGGCAGGUCGGCACCACCCCCUGGCACAUCUUCCCCGUCCUGUCCCUCUACCUGAUGGGGGAGGCCACCAACCAGUCCUUCCGGAUCACCAUCCUGCCCCAGCAAUACCUGCGCCCGGUGGAGGACGUGGCCACCUCUCAGGACGACUGCUACAAGUUCGCCAUCUCCCAGUCCUCCACGGGCACCGUCAUGGGCGCCGUGAUCAUGGAGGGCUUCUACGUGGUCUUCGACCGUGCCCGCAAGCGCAUCGGCUUCGCCGUCAGUGCCUGCCACGUGCACGACGAGUUCCGGAUGGCCGCGGUGGAGGGACCCUACCUGCACUCCAACAUGGAGGACUGCGGCUACAACAUCCCGCAGACGGACGAGUCCACCCUGAUGACCAUCGCCUACGUGAUGGCAGCCAUCUGCGCCCUCUUCAUGCUGCCCCUCUGCCUCAUGGUGUUCCAGUGGCGCUGCUUCCACUGCCUGCGGCGGGACCACGACGACUUCGCCGAUGACAUAUCCUUGCUGAAGUGACGGCGGAGCGUGGGGGCAGCCCCGGGGGGGGCCGCAGGUGAGGCAGCAGGGCGGGGAGAGGUAGGUCCUUUCUCCGGGGGCUGGAGCGCGGAGGCAGGGCAGCAGCGUGGGGAGCUCAGGCCCUCGGCCCCGGCCCUGGGGGACUCGGUGCCCAGCAGGGCCGGCGGCCCGGGAGCAGCCGUGGGAGCGCCGGGCCUGGGCCGCGUUCAUCCGGCACCUCCAGACAGAGCGUGGCGGCGGGGAGGGGGCUGAGAGCGCAGCAACCCCGUCCCGGGGGCUGAGGGUGGCAUCUCUGCUCCGGGGCCGGGCUCUCCCCGGCGCUCCUGCCCGGCCUGCCAGGCUCGGCAGCCACGCCGAGGGGCCAGCCCCUGCCCGGCCCCCGGGGCCCCCCAGCCGCCGGCCCCGGCGCUCAGUGCGGGGAGCCGCGCCGCUGUGCCCGGGCGCUGCCGCCGGCUCUUCCUGGGCCGGGCCCCAGCGGUCGCAACCCAGAGCUUUCCCGUCCCCAGCCCCGGGUUUUCGGAGGCGGCGGCGCGGGGCCAGGCUGGGGCUGCCCAGACGGGAGCAGGCGGAGGCAGGGCUUUCCCUCCCGUCCUCCUGCUCCCCCGUACACCGCUCGCUCCUGCCCUCCUCAGCGGCCCUUCCACUGCCGCCAGCCCCGGGGCUGCCCGCGCCCCCCCUGCCCUCCCGGCUGCCUCCCGGGACAGGCAGGAGCAGGCGCCCAUCCUCUCCCCGCCCCGCUUUCGCUCGCCACCUCCUUUCCUGGGACGCGAAGCUGCCUCCCCGCCCGGCCAGCGUCAGCGGCGCCUGCACCGAGAAGCCGGUGGCUGCUGCCCUCCCGCCCCGGGAGGGAAGGAAGCGGCGUCCCCACCACCAGCCCGCUACGCACCGAAACCACGUGCCAGGAGGGAGCGAAGCACCCGAGCCCCGGGCCAGCUGCUCCGCGGCCCACCCGUCCCUUCGAAAGCCAUAGGGGAGCCCGGCCCCCGCCCGGCCCCCGGCACCGCCGCCCCGUGCGUCCGCGGGUCCGGGCCCCGGCUCCUCGAGGCACCGCGGGGACAGGCGGCGGCCGCGGGGACUGCAGCUUUGGUUAUUUUUUAAACACAUGGUUGUAUUUAUUUCCUUUUUUUUUUUUUUUUUCCUUUUUAUAAUGCGAGUCACUGGUAGUGCAGCUGCGCAGAUCAGAGCGUGUAUAUAGCAGGUCCCACCCCGCACACGGGUGUACGAAUAACGGUCGCUUCUCACCUGUACAAUAUAUACAUAUAUCUCUAUUUUUAAUUCUAGUGCUGAAAGCCACUGUCCCAAACCCAACACGAGGGGGGUUUGCUCCUGUUUUGUUUCAAGGGUUUUGUUUUUGUUUUGUUUUUUUUUUUAAAAAUAUUUGUAACCCUCUGCUCAGCGCCAGGGCCCCAGCGCUGGGCUGGUUUGGGAGGAGGUGCCGGUGGGCUGCGGGCGGGCGCACGCGGAGUGCGAGCCACUCUCGUCCUCGUCCUGCUCCUACAGCCGAGGGAGGAUUUUUCCGGUGUGGAAGGACACCGGCCCCCCGCCCUGCCCCGGGGAGAGGGGGCACUGCUGGCUCACCGUCCCCUGCCCCAGGGUGGGCGCCCCGGAGCUCGCAGGCGGUUGGUAACGCUGCGCUUCCCCGCUCCUCUGCCUCCAGCUUGGGCGGGGAAGUGCUGAGCUUCAAACGCCACCAUCCCCUUGUUAAAAGGCGACGCUCCUCCCCGAGCCGAAGCCGGGGGGGACGUGCGGUGCCGGGGCACCGGGUCGGGUGGGAGCGGGGCGAGGGGCUGGAGCGCUGCCGGUCUGCAGGCAUCGCCAAGCAUAAAGCUCGUUAACUAAAGCCUGCAGGUAAAUAUUUCUUUGAAAAAGCAGCGAGGGAGCCAGCACGCGAGGCCGGAGGAGGAAACGCACGCAGUGUAGGAGAGGCUGAGCGCUGGGCACCGCCACAGCACCCCUAAGCCGUCCCCCGCCGCUACCAGUGCGCUUGCAAGUAGCGUCCAGUUCCCCCGCCGUGCUCCAAAACCGCCAGCCCCCAGCGAUUCUGCUCGGCCCGAGGGCAACGUUCUGCACCCUCCUGCCUGCCCGGGAUCCCAGCGACUCCGUUGUGGACCACUGCCUUAAAGCACGCUGGCCAGCCUCUGCCUCUGCGUGCGCGUGGGAGGAUUGGGCCUGUGCCCAGCUUCGGGCGUGCUGCGCCCCGGCAGCGCUUGCACCCACCCAGCAGCCCCGAGGCGGAGGUGCCUCCGGCAGCGAAGAAUUUGUGCCGCAGGCUGCAAAAGAUGGGGGGGGGGUGGGGGGUGGGGGAACAAUCCUACCGCGCCAGCGCAAGAUUUUAAGUGGUGCUGAGCACCUCGUAAUCCCACCGAAAUCCAUGGAGAGAGGGUUGGCGCGUCAGCCCGUGCUCAAGGAGGAGGGACAGGAGAGGGGGAAGCAGGAACGGCGAGGGGUUGGCUGUCCCGAGGGGGACGGGGAGCGCCCGCCCUCGCUGUGGACCCCAGUGCUCUGUAACCUAUUGUCUCUGUAAGAACAAUGAAUGUUACCACGGUAAAUUAUUAUUACAUUAAAAAAAGACCACAAAAGAAA